GACUCGUCACGUCUCGCACGUAGCGGAUUGGAAACGACAGGAAGCUUUCAAAUAUCAGGAAGCAAAAUCUGACGUUCGAUCGCCGCCUCCACACAACCGCUCCUGUUACCGACGGAUCCGGACGGACAGACGGACAGACAGACAGGCGUCAGACAGACAGGCUCCGCUAAGUUCUCGUUUCCAAACGGAGGUCCGUGGAAGGCAGAGGGGGUCGUCAUGAAGCCGCUGGUCCUCCUCCUCCUGCUCCUCCAGGUGUCCGGUCCAGCAGACAGCAGGUGCUUCUGUCAGGUCACGGGGGGAAUAGACGACUGUGCGUGUGACGUGGAGACCAUCGACGGCUUUAACAACCAGCAGCUUUUCCCCAAACUUCAAACUCUCCUGAAGUCCGACUAUUUCAGGUUCUACAAGGUGAACCUGGACAAGCCGUGUCCGUUCUGGAAGGCCAGCAGUCACUGCGGUCUGAGGGACUGCGCCGUGAAGCCCUGCUCACCUCACGAGGUGCCAGAGGGGAUCCGAUCACCCCCACACGACAAGUAUUCAGCAGAGGCAAACCAGCAGCUGGACGACUGUGAGCAGAUGAAGCAUCUCGGAGCUGUCGACGUCUCUUUGAGCAACGAGACCAAAGAGGCCCUGCUCAGCUGGAGCAAACACGACGACGAGGCCGAGCGCUUCUGCGUGGUCGACGACGAGGAGUCACCAGACUCCCAGUACGUCGACCUGCUGCUGAACCCGGAGCGCUUCACCGGCUACAGAGGACCAGAGGCCUGGCAGAUCUGGAACAGCAUCUAUGAGGAGAACUGCUUCAAACCGUAUGCCAUCAGACGUCCCCUUCUUCCCAACUCAGUCCACAGCAGCUCAGGAAGUGAAGCAAAGAUCUUCUACAGCUGGCUGGAAGGUCAGUGUGUGGAGAAGAGGGCUUUCUACCGCCUCAUCUCUGGCCUCCAUUCCAGCAUCAACAUACACCUGAGUGCCAGAUACCUGCUGGAUGACAGCUGGUUUCAGAAGAAGUGGGGUCACAACGUGUCGGAGUUCAGACAGCGUUUUGAUUCGGAGCUGACGGCCGGCGAGGGGCCCAAGAGGCUCCGCAACCUCUACUUCCUGUACCUGAUAGAGCUGCGAGCGCUGGCCAAAGCUCUGCCGUUCUUCCAGCAGCCGUCCUUCCGGCUGUACACCGGCAGACCGCAGGAGGACCAGGAGACCAAAGAGCUGCUGCUGCACAUCCUGCAGCUGGCCAGAUCUUUCCCGCUGCACUUUGAUGAGACGUCGCUGUUUGCUGGGGAUGAAAAGGAAGCAGCCAAACUGAAGGAGGACAUCCGACUGUCCUUCCUCAACAUCUCCAGGAUCAUGGACUGUGUGGGCUGCUUCAAGUGUCGACUGUGGGGGAAACUGCAGACUCAGGGAUUGGGAACAUCACUGAAGAUUUUGUUUUCAGAGCGACAGAUUGAAGCCCUGCCCACGUCGAGCGUGGAGCGACCCAGUUUCCAGCUCAGCCGGCAGGAGAUCGUCUCCCUGCUCAACGCCUUUGGAAGGAUCUCCACCAGCAUCAGAGAGCUGGAGAACUUCAGGUCGCUGCUAGCAGAAGAGCGGUGACGGCGAUGAGAAGACGUCCGUCGUCUCUUGGUCCUGCUGAAGUGACCAGCAUCAGGACAUGAGGAAAGAUCAGCUCUUAUCAGCUGGAUGGAGACUCUGAGUUUGUGGCUGCAGCCUCUUCCAUGUGCCUGUUUCUAUUAGCGUGUCUCAAAGUAUUUUGUUGUAAUAUUAUUGAGCAAAGAAAAAUUCAAACUUGCUUCUUCAUGUGAAAAAAUUAAAUCAUUUCAGAUCAUUUUAAUCCGUGAACUGACUGACUGACUGUAGGUCUGCUUUACCUGUUCACACCUGUUACAGGACAGUGGCCAGCUGUGCAGUGGUGUUUCUGUCCUGAGGAUGGCGCUGUUUGUAAAGCAAACUCGUUUUUACUGUUAAAUGCAAAAUCAGAUUGCUUUGGAAAGUCUUCAUUUCACGUAAACAAGAAGCAGAUACGGUGUGUCAACGGGAGGAAUUGUAUGUUCAAUGUUUUAUUUCAUUUUCAGAUUUUCUCUAUGAAUAUCAAAUGUUUUCAUAAGACCCUGAUCUAUUCUUUACUCUGUGUGUGUGUGUGUGUGUGGGGGGGGGGUUAGAUUAAUGGUGCAUUCAAGUACAACUCGAGAACUAAAACUUACAUGUUAAGAUUUUUGACUAUUUUCAAAACCUUUAUUUAAUUUGAAUGGGUCUGACCCCAACAUUCAUAGCAGGGUUUUUGAGCCCAUGUUGGCCAGCCUGAGGUCCUCGGGUGGGGACCUUCUGGUCGUUCCAAAGUUGAGGUUAAAGACUGAUCUGUCACUGGUCAGUGAUUUCUUUUAAAUCACUUCUUAAAGCCCAUUUUUAUAGACUGGCUGAUAUGUGAUGUUGUCUUUUUACCAUCCUUUUAUCUUAUCUGCUUUAAAUUCUCAAUUUACUGCCUUUAUUGUCAAUUUUCUAUAUUUUUUUACUGUCCUUUUACUGCCUGUUUUUGUGUUUGAUUUGUGGCUUCUGAUUUUAACUGAUUGUUAAGCACUUUGGGAACUUCUUUUUAAAAAGCGUUACAUAAAUAAAGUUAUUAUCAGAUGCAAGUACAUUUUUUUUUAAUUCUUUGGUGACUGUGUUUUUUUGUUGAUAACUGGCUAAUUUUCAGAAGUAAUAAAUGUCACUUGAAAUA